AUGCCCCGCUACGAGCUGGCUUUAAUCCUGGAAGCCAUGCAGCGGCCAGAGACCGCUGCUGCUUUGAAACGCACGAUGAAAGCCCUGAUGGGCAGAGGGGCCAUAGGGAGGAGCUUGGAAAACCCGGGUGAACGGGCACUUCCGUACAAGAUGUCCGCCCACAGUCAGCGGCAUAAUAGAGGGGGGUAUUUCUUGCUGCAUUUUUAUGCACCAACAACAACUGUUGAAAGCAUGACGGAGAACUUGUCUCAAGACACUGAUGUGAUCAGACCGAAUAUUGUAAAACACCCCCUGACCCAGGAAGUAAAGGAGUGUGAAGGAAUUGUUCCAGUCCCACUGGAUGAAAAACUAUAUUCCACAAAGAAGAGGAAGUGAGAAUAUUCUCCAGAUUUCAGACUUACAUUUAAUUCUCUCACUGUCAAGCACGAUGGAUUAAUAAUUCACAAGCUUGACCUUUAUAUGAGUGUGUUACAGGUGCCACUUGGUUUUCCUAGCUCCUGACCCCC